AGUCCCGUUACCUUGACGCCGCCGUGUUUCCAGAGGAGGGAGAGUUUAGAGGAAAAGACGGAGAGCAGCCUGUCAAUCACAAUUAAGAGCAACCAUGGGAGUAAACUGGUAAAGGAAGCUCGGCACAACCACUGUGUGAAGAUUGUGUUUUAAUCUGCGGCAGAAAACAACGACUAACUAUGCACCGGUUCACUGUUGUGGGACGUCUGCAUCUGAUCUCUCUCCAGCUGGGACUCGCUCCACUUUGACGGGAACAUUACUAGCAAUGAGGCGUUAACACAUAACAACAAGAAACUUAGCCACUUUCUGUUGCCUGCGCCUUGUUUUUUUUACCCCCACGGCGUCUCAGUUUAAACAAAACACACAAAGUCACCGCUGAUAUUUGUAGAAAAGGCGGUGCCGCGGAGGUUUAUAUUAACUCACAAGCUCAGGAUAGAGAGCUUUAUUUCACUACAACUCGAGGAAAAUCUGGUCAGAGAGCUGCCUGAGUCGACUUCUCGAAGGAGUGACGGUACAAGAAGAAGAAGACACUCCCAAAAACACAAACGAAGCCCAACAAGCAGCAAUCUGCGCUCCAAGUCCAGAGAGAGCAAGAAGAGAGGAGCAGAUAUGAGUGGGGGAGAUGUGGUGUGCUCAGGCUGGCUGAAGAAGUCUCCUCCUGAAAAAAAGUUGAGACGUUACGCAUGGAAGAAGCGGUGGUUUGUUCUUCGCAGUGGCCGUCUGACCGGCGACCCAGACGUAUUGGAGUACUACAAGAAUGACCAUGCCAAGAAGCCCAUCCGCGUGAUUGAUCUCAACUUGUGUGAGCAGGUGGACGCUGGGCUGACGUUCAACAAGAAGGACUUGGAGCACAGCUUCAUAUUCGACAUCAAGACCAUUGACCGUGUCUUCUUCCUGGUGGCUGACACCGAAGAAGAGAUGAAUAAGUGGGUUCGCUGCAUCUGCGACAUCUGUGGUUUCAACCCCACUGAUGACGAGGCAGCAAAAGCUGCUCACCAGUCAGCCAUCGGAGGCCUGGUGGUGGACACCCCUCCACACCCAGCGCUGGGUAUUAUCAGCGGCCCAGCAGCAGUGCUGUCCAGCGUGCCCCCUCCAUAUCAGCCGGUCAAUGUGCGACAUCUGGAAUCUCAGUCAAGUUCAGAGGAGCCCCAGGAUUACCUGUGGCUGGUCAACUGUGAGAGCAAAAAGCCUGAACCCAAUAGCUCAGUGCAGCUUCACUCUCCAUUGGAGGGAGACCAGGAGUAUUUGCUCUUGGAGGAGUGUGAGAGCAAGACUCUUCCUCCCCAGACUAGUCUAGCCCAUGCUGAGUGUUCCAAGUCUACCUCUUCAGAGACAGACCUGAAUGACAACCUCCCAUCUCACCGCACGCCCACAUCCUCCACCUCCUCAGCGAAACACACCUCGCACAACGGCUUCUUCCCACAGCACCCGGCCCCUGCCUCCGCCUCUUCCAUCUACGACUCGCCUCCAUCACGCGGUGCCUCGCUAUCAACUGACAGUGGCCUUUACCACCUCCCUCGCAGUUACUCCCAGGACACUGUGCUGCUCCCAAAGUCAGCCUCCUCCCCUCCGGCCCAUCCGGACAGCGUGGACGGCUCCGAGUUGUAUGUCUUCAACACGCCGUCACGGAAGCCCUCAAUGGAGUCACAGAUGCGCAACCUUUCCAUCAGUUACGAUAUCCCACCUACACCUGGCGCAAACUGUACCUACCAGGUGCCUCGCACUUUGUCAGCGUCGGCAGGGGUAGGAGGCUCAGAGGGCGGGGGAGAUGUAGUACCCCCUCCUAGACCACCCAAGCCUUCGCUCAGUUCAACCUCAGGACUCCCACCGCCCCCUGCUGAGCGCUCACCUACGGACAACUAUUGUGUGCCUCGCUCAGCGUCCGAGACGGACGGAAACUACUGUGUGCCUACUAGUGCUGGGAAUAAGGCUUUACGCAGCAACACUAUUGGCACUAUCGACUGUGCACGCCUCCGCAAAGAUUUUGGAUCCCAGGACUGCUAUGACAUUCCUAGAUCAUUCCCCACUGAGAAAAGCUGCUCAUUUGACUUCAACGAAAGCUUCAACAGCUACUUUAAGAACAAAGGAAUGAUGCCAGUGGGCAGCCAGUCCACAGAAGAGGUAGACCAGAACUACGUACCCAUGAGUGCCAACUCCCCGUCACACCAUCACUCGGGCAGUUUGUCAGAGCCGAUGCACGAACCGAACUAUGUGCCCAUGACCCCGAGCACCAUGGAGUUCUCCUCCCUGGGAAAGCAGGUCCCCCCGCCCGCCCACAUGGGCUUCCGCUCCAGUCCCAAGACCCCUCCUCGCAGACCAAUGCUCAGUGACUGCCAGCCCCCGCCUGUGGACCGAAAUCUCAAACCUGACCGCAAAGGUCAGAGUCCUAAAAUAAUAAGAGCAAAAGGUGUCGGUUUAGAGCGAACCGACUCUCAAACCGUAGGUGAAUUCCCGAGGGGACGACGCAAGGGAAGACCCGCUCCACUGGAGAUAAAACCACUGCCUGAAUGGGAGGAGCCCAGUACGCCUGUCCGCUCACCUGUCACACGGUCAUUCGCUCGGGAUUUCUCUAGGUUUCCAAUGCCAACGAGACCCCCGUCAGUGCAUAGUACGGCCUCCAGCACUGACUCCGAGGACUGUGAUGAGAAUUAUGUAGCCAUGGUCUCUAAUAUGUCCACAGAUGAACCAAACAUGAAGCUUGGUGCCCCCAUGACCGCGGAUGGUGGGAGCAGCCCGAUGGUGAAACCGAAGGGAGACAAACAGGUGGAGUACCUGGAUUUGGACCUUGACCCCGGCAAGUCUACCCCACCUAGGAAGAUGAAAAGCAAUGGAACUGGAAUUGCAGUGUCGGAUGAGCGUGUUGACUACGUGGUCGUGGACCAGCAACGGACGCAGGCCCUUAAGAGCACCCGGGAGGCCUGGAACGAUGGCCGCCAAUCCACAGAGACAGACACCCUUUCCAAGGGACCCAAGUGACCCGGUUGUCCCAACCGCCAACCCACCCUCCAAACCCCCAAACCGUUGGGCCUUUUACACUAGUGUGAGCUCUGGUUUGUGCUUUGGGACGGUCCAGCAGUCACGUUCCACCUCAGCAAGAUCCUUAAUGUGUAGGGCCAGUGGAGCUUCAUAGCCACUCAACUGUGUUUAGUUUACACUGCUGUCACCGGCCUAGAGCAGCACUGUGUGUACAGUUGUAGGAAGGGGUGUGAGCCAGGAAUAAGCUGUAUGCAGUAUGAAAGCAGGUGGAAUGACUGGACUUGUCUUCGGGGUUCGACUCACAAACUUUGAACAUUCGCUGCCUCCUUUAUUGGAUUAGAGUUUUUUUUUUUUUGUACUGUUCACCUUUCAAUGGCCGGUGGGCUGAUCUACAGUUAACAUUUCCUUAAAUUAUAAUGCUGUUUGAUGUUGUUUUGGAGUGUAAAUGAAAUCACUUGAUAACAUGAUCAGAAUAUUUUAUCAAUGCAACACUCUACUACCGAGCAUAGCUGGUUAACAGUGUUGAUUUUUUAGUUCCUCCUGUUUGAGCAGAGUGACGUUUCCAAUGUCACAGGUCAGUCAUGAGUCAGUUCGUUUGGAUGGCUGAGACUCACCCUGAUCUGUGUGUAAGGCCCUGUUCAGACCUGGCAUUAACAUGCGUCCUGAGUGAUUCGAUCACUAGUGGACAGCUCAAAGUACGUCUGUUCGCUCUUGGCAUUAGAAUACGACUCCACAUGCGUCUCCAGUGACCACUUGUGAUCGGUUCUCACGUCCUAGCAAAUAAACACGUAGUAAACACAUGACUAAUACAGCAGACGUUUGUGACGUAAUAUUACAGGAAUGUCAGUAGUAAUAUCCUACAUAUUUGUGAAUUUGGGUACAUUUUAUUAACAUCAAAAUAAAAGAUUAUUGUGAUGCCGCUUACACCGCUACCUUUGCCAGGCAAGAUGCGGGUACAGAGCUUCAGAGAGCCGGGGAUGAGAGAGAGCGAGCGGGCCGGCAGGUGUCAGCUCCGUGCAGAGCACCGGAACAAAAACACGGACACAUCUCCAACAGUAUGAUAAUAAUGCACUUCGCGUGCCUAAUCUGUAGAUAUGUAGCCUAUAGAUAAUAUAGAAAUAUUUUGAUAAAAUACAGUUUUACCGACAGGAUACAGUAGAGCACAGAGGCCAUUUCCAUACUGUGAGGCAGACCAGUGCUCGCGUCUGUUCGUCUAUUGACAUGAGGAGCGCAGAAACCCGCAGAUCCCAGCGGCACGUCAGUUGAGUAGGCGGUCCUUAAUGCGGCCCAGGACACAUUUACGUAUACACUGCUUAAAGAAUGUGGCCAUAUGUGGCCCAGACCACCUCUGAAUGUGGUCUGAGCGAUCCGAUCUCAAUGCGUCUUGGGUGCGUUCACAACUGUACUUAGUGCUGUCCAGUUGUGAUCGGAUAACUCUGAACAGGGCCUGAGGCAAACUUCAAACCUGAUCCCCAAGAUAACCCAGUACGACAGAAUUUCAUCGUUUUAUUACCUUUUUCUUUCAAUGCAAAAGGCAGUUGAACUCGUUCGUUUUACAUGUAACCAAGUGCUCAAUUUAAGCUUUGGAUUCACUCAAGGUUUAAUCCACUGAACAUGAUUUGAUUUCCAUUUAUUUUGUACGUGGAGAUGCUUCAAUCUGUUAUAAUGGAAGUGCAAAGACUGUACAAAAGUGUUAUGUAUAUAAACAGGAAAAGUGUCCUUUAUUUGUAUGGAAUAUCCAGCGUGUUUGACUCGAAGGUAUGUGGAUUCUGCAGGGUAGAAUCCUGUGCCUGUCUUAGGUGGUAUCAGGACUUGUGAUUAAUGAAUGAAUUACUGUGAGUUUUUAAGAGAACGUGACAGGUUUUUCUAUAAGUUAUGCAAAGGUAUCAAACUUAGGCUAGAGAGAGAAAAUCAGGUACUUAUAAUACAACUAUCCAUUUCUAAUUUAUUUCUCACGUUAUUUCAUCAGGUGGAUGUCAUGUACACUUUUAGCUCAGUAUUCUUGAUUCAUAUGGAGGAACUUUUGCUAAAGUCUGUUAAAAAUGCUUAGUUUGACAAGCGCCGGUCAAUUACUUUCACAAGUUCAUUGAUAUUCCUCAUUUCUCUCUCGUCUUAGGUUUAAUUUAUUUCAAAUUGAACUGGCAUACAGUUUUGGGAAAUUGACUUCCUCAUGUAGUCAACUUGAUACACCUUUUAUAGACAGUGAAAACGUCUUUUUGUCUGCAUAAAUUUGUGCUUUACUAACCUGUGAACUCUCACUCAGAAGUCCCAAGCAUGUGCUACCACAAGAUAAAAUCAUUGCUGUACAUAUUUUGCCAUCAAUUAGAUUAACAUGUAUCAUUUGAAAAAUGUGCCUAAUAAGUCAUCUUCAUUCUACUUCACUCUUUCCUCAUUGCAGUCUCUUUGUGAUACGGACUGCAAAGCUGAUGAUGCUUUAUCUUUUUUAAUGAAUCUCGACAGAAAAUGUAAAUUUUAAAAGUGGACUAAAUAAAAUCCAACCUCUUAUGCA